UACUGUGUUUUCUUCCUGUUUCUCUCAAUUUCUUUCUCUUUCUCUAUUUCUACAAUGUCUUGUAUUUUGCUCGCUGGCUCGUGUCAUCAUCGGAUGGCUUCCAUUGCUACUAGUGGAAGUUACUGUGAUCCUUGGAGUUUCAGGUAUGAUUACAAUCGUCGUUGUUCUUGGAAUGGGGAUUCGAGUAAGAAGAAGAGCAGAUUCAAUCCCUCCCUGAUAGGAGCUGAAAAGAAAAUGAGGAUGAGCUUCUCACCUCGGGCUAAUUCGGCUCUCACGACUACACGAAAACCAGCUCAACCCAAUUUUUAUCAGGAGGUGCUCAAGGCGGCGAGGGAAAAAUUCACUCAGGAGAUAUCCUUCCAGUCCAAAGACAAGGACAUCUCCCUUGCAAAAGCUCUUCUAUAUGUUGGAGCUGAAGAUGAAUCAUUUAUAGCUUUCAAUCGAGAGAUGGAUGCUCAUUCAAUUCGGGGUGAAAGGACAGAUGCAUCAAUCCUGAAUAGUGCCCAAGAAUGGAAUUCAUUGGAUACAAUGCCUUUGGCCGGAAAUAGUAUCAAUGAGUGGCUGAAUGAGUUGGAUACCAUUGCCAAUGAAGUAAAGGCAGAGUUAGUUUCAAGAGACAUAGGUUGCCAUUUGGUUGAAGUAUUGGAGGCGGUCAACUUGGUUCUUUUUGAGUCAAGAGGUUUCAAAAGGCCACCUGUAGUGGUAGACCCAAAGUAUUCAUACUUGCAUUCAGUUUUGAACUCUGGAUGUGGCAGUGCAAUUUUACUUAGUAUAAUUUAUAUUGAGGUUUGUCGAAGACUUAAUCUGACCAUUGUGGGAUCUCGAGUUGGGGAAGAGUUUUUGAUUUGGCCCAAAACGGGGAACCCAGAGGAACUUUUCAAGGUAACUUCAGGACACAGCAUAUUUGGAGUUGUGAAUGGAAGGUGUGUUGAUGACCCUAGGUCAAAGGCCUCAGAUUUGAGUAGCAAUUCGCUUUCGGGACUUGACAUUGCAACAAACCGAGACAUUAUUGGGAUUGCUCUGGCAAAUUUAAUUAGACUUCACUGGAAACGAGCUUCAAGAACAAACCACGGAUUGAUGCUAACAUCUCCAUUGAGGCCUGUGCAUGAUUCUAAUGGCAACUUUAGCAAGAUAGAUGGUUCAAACGUUCCUUUGGUCCGGCCCCAAGAUCUGAGGUUCAAGAUGCUAAUUAUGCAAGUUUGGCAUGAGAAAGAGGAGAAUUAUGAAAAAUGGACUCAUGAUAUAGUUCCAAUAUUUCUAAUUUCCUAAUAAGGCUAAUUGCUUUAUUCUCUAACCACACUGUGAUACAUGAUUGUGGUCUAUGUCCGGCUUACAAUCUGAACGUUGGUUCUGCAGCUUCUCAGACACAGCAUUAGUGCAGCACCUCACUCUUCUUAUAACUUAACAUAUUUAAGUCACAUAAUUAAGCAAUAUGAAGGUUGAACGAAUAUUCUUUUGGGUUAUUUUGUUAAAAAAAGAAAAGAAAAGAAAGAACAGCUACAUACUGUGAUUUUGAUGAAUCUAUAUGUGAGCCUCCUUAUAAUAAUUUUACCAUAAACUAGGCUUUUGUUUUACCUAAUUAAUACGGUAUGGUUGAGUACAUGUCCCCUUUCACAUGUUAGGACUUAAAAUGUAACAGAUGAAGUGGCAGGCUGGGCAACCUGUCUUGCAUUUAGACUAACAAUUCAUAACGAGUUUACUUGUUUCUUAUUUUAGCGGUUUGAACAUAGGAUAUUCAUGUACACUCAUGUGGACAUAAUUCGAAAUGUUAAUUUUCUAGAGAAAUUUACCGUCCACUUAUUGAAACUAUUCAUCUUGUAAUAAAGAACAUAGCAGCUAGGUAAAAUUGGAUAGAGUGGAUGAGUUUGAUAUUGAUUCUGAUCUCUGACAUUGAUUUGGAUAUCACAUGUUUUAUAAGGGAUAUUUUGCUACUAAGUAGUGUUGGGUCCUGUCCUUGUUACUGGUUGUGUCCCCUGUCUUUAUUUUUAUAUUUCUACUUUCUCUUCCUACAUUGUUAGCACCACUUGCUGAUAUUCUACUUCCAUUUUGAUUAUUCUGCAAAUAACCCGUGGACAACAUUACUUUGGUGGAGGUUCCUAAACAUGAACGUACUUUUUUCUUUUAUGUUUUGAAAUUGACAUGUCAAGAUCUGCAGAAUCUUUUUCCUGUUUCACAUGGUGCCUGUGUUUAUUUUUCAUAGUUAAAGCAAAUAAAAUAAGCAAAAAACAAAGCUGCAUGUGGCCUUCCCACUAAACUAUUCAAUGGUCAAUAGAAAAUUAGUGUACAAUGUGUACAAGGGGAGGUACCUUCUUAAUGCUUCAGUGCACCUUGUGCUUCAUUUCAUUCGAGUCAUAAUAUGAAACUAGGUGGCUUGUACAAAUCUUAAGCACUGAGACAUACCUGCCAACAGCGACUGUUGUGUAUUUUCACUACCAUGGCCUUGUCGUAAGGAUUUGCCAAGCUGAAAGCCUGAAACUACAUGCUUUGGAUUGAUCUUUUUCUAUUUAAAACAGCUCAUAUUUUACCAUUCAACAGCUAGCUCUUUAUAUCUUGAAGAGAUAGGUCUGUGUUGAAGUCCUGUUCUCUUAUAUUUCUGGCUCAAGCUGCUAUUCUCAUUUCCUUGUGGAGUUUUAAAUUUUGUGCAUUAGAUUACAGUGAUUCCUCCCCUUUUCUUAACUUGUUUAAUUUCUUGAAAUAGUAAUACACUUGUGAUGGAUUAUGUUAACAAAAAUAGAA